ACGCGGGGGGGAGGGAGGGGGCUCUGACCCCCCCACUCCGCUCCCCGUGGGCCGCAGCCGCGCUCCGUGCCCCUACCCCGGGACCAUCGCCGAGGCUCCCCUUCACCCGGGGCGGGAGGUCCGGCGCAGCCACCGGGUGUCCUGCCCUGCCAGCCCGAGGCCUCCGCGCUACCUGAGCCAAUGCUAGAUCUGGAGGUGGUGCCCGAGCGGUCUCUGGGGAACGAGCAAUGGGAGUUCACCUUGGGAAUGCCCUUGGCUCAGGCUGUAGCAAUCCUUCAGAAACACUGUCGCAUUAUCAAAAACGUCCAGGUUCUCUACAGUGAGCAGUCACCUCUUAGCCAUGACCUCAUCCUUAACCUGACUCAGGAUGGAAUCAAACUGCUGUUUGAUGCUUUCAAUCAGAGACUUAAGGUGAUUGAAGUUUAUGACUUGACUAAGGUGAAGUUAAAAUAUUGUGGUGUCCAUUUUAACUCUCAGGCAAUUGCUCCAACCAUAGAACAAAUUGAUCAGUCAUUUGGAGCAACACAUCCAGGAGUGUACAAUUCAGCUGAACAACUCUUUCACCUCAAUUUCAGAGGAUUGUCCUUUUCUUUUCAGUUAGACUCCUGGACUGAAACUCCGAAAUAUGAGCCUAACUUUGCCCAUGGUCUGGCCUCUCUGCAAAUUCCACAUGGUGCAACUGUGAAAAGGAUGUACAUCUACAAUGGGAACAGUCUGCAGGAUACCAAGGCUCCCUUGAUGCCCCUCAGCUGUUUCCUUGGUAAUGUAUAUGCUGAGAAUGUUGAUGUUCUGAGAGAUGGAACCGGACCCUCAGGUUUACGGCUUCGCCUACUCACUGCAGGUUGUGGCCCUGGUGUUUUAGCUGAUGCCAAGAUGCGGGUAUUUGAACGUUGUGUGUACUUUGGUGAUUCCUGCCAGGAUGUUUUGAGCACCCUGGGGUCUCCUCACAAAGUCUUCUACAAGUCUGAAGAUAAGAUGAAAAUCCAUUCGCCCUCACCCCAUAAGCAGGUCCCAUCAAAGUGCAAUGACUACUUCUUCAAUUAUUUUACACUUGGAGUGGAUAUUCUUUUUGAUGCAAACACUCACAAAGUGAAGAAAUUUGUCCUGCAUACAAAUUAUCCUGGUCAUUACAACUUUAACAUUUACCAUCGCUGUGAAUUCAAGAUUCCCCUGGUCAUUAAACGAGAUAGUGCAGAUUCACAGACUGAAACAUGUACAACAUAUAGCAAGUGGGAUAGUAUUCAGGAUCUUCUGGGACACCCUGUAGAAAAGCCAGUGGUACUUCACAGGUCAUCAUCUCCAAAUAACACUAACCCAUUUGGGUCAACCUUUUGCUUUGGACUGCAACGAAUGAUCUUUGAGGUGAUGCAGAAUAAUCACAUAGCUUCUGUUACCCUGUAUGGCCCGACGAGGCCCAGCAGCCAGUUGAGAACAUCAGACCUUCCCCACACAGACCUGAAUAGACUGUCCUGCCCUUCUCAGCUUGCAGAAGGGGGAAAUGGAAGAGGGGCACAUAAGGACUGCAAGAGUUAGAAGCACAAACUUUCUGAGCCUUGGAGCAUCUGGAAGCAGGUGUCACUCCUGUUGAAUCCCCUGUUCAAUCUGUGCUGUCUCCUGUGAUCAUUGCUUGCUAAGAAAAUUCUAUGCCUCAACCUUCCUUUUGUUUCCUCUCUAAUUUUAAUUUCAUUUUAUGGAACCCUUCUGUAAAUUAAAUGGAAUAAUAAUGAGCAUGUACACUGAAAGAAAAAUAAAAUGAGACUCUCAGUUACAUUUUUGUGUUAAAUACAGUUGCUGGGUGUUUUUGUAAUAAAAUCAUGGAUGUUUUUGCUUUUUUUCUUA